AUGGGUAGAUAUACCGGACCAUCGUGUCGCCUGUGCCGCCGCGCCGGCGAAAAGCUCUUCCUGAAAGGCGACCGCUGCUUUUCACCGCGUUGCGCCAUCGAGCGCCGCCAUAUCCCGCCCGGAGGUGGUGGACAGCGCCGGCGGCGCGUGUCCGACUACGGCGUGCACCUACGGGAGAAACAGAAGGCCCGCCAGAUGUACGGCGUGAUGGAAAGUCAGUUCCGGAAGUACAUGACCGACGCGUUCAACACGCCGGGCAUCUCCGGCAACAACCUGCUCCGCACCCUGGAGCGUCGUCUCGACAACGUGGUCUAUCUGCUGGGGUUUGCCGAUUCGCGCAAACAGGCCCGCCAGAUGGUCCAGCACGGCCACUUCAACGUCAACGGCCGCAAGACCGACAUCCCCUCCUUCCUGGUCAAGGCGGGACAGAGCGUAUCCUGGACGGAAACGUCUCGCAAACGCGAGUUCUUCGCCGACCGCACCGACGGGCUGCCCAAGCGCACCCUCCCCAGCUGGCUGACCCUCGACCUGACCCAAAUGGAAGGUCAGGUGAUCUCAAUGCCGCCGGACAACGAACUGCCCGAAACCAUCAACUCCCGCCUGAUCGUCGAGUUCUACUCAAGGUAA